CAUGGGAUGGGAGCGAAGUAAUAUAUUCUAACGGUAACUACAAAUCUGACAAUUUCUUCGUUUCCACGCAAGUUACUUUCCAAGAAGAAUCCCCAAAGCAAUCUAAAUCGAUUACUAAUUAGGUAUUCGCCUAAAUCUUUCCCUUACUUAAACCGCGUUUUUCUCUUCAAUCGUUUCUUCUCGUUUGUUCCCGGGAAUUGCCUAGAAAAUAACAUCCGAAGUGGGGGAUUCCCAACAAAUCUCAGUACUCGCUAGCUACGAUUCAGUUACCACUUACCAGUGUUCUGGAUUGUAGAGUUUUCAUAAUAUCGGUGUAAUUAGCUCCGGUCGAAGCCUUUUCAAUUGGGAAAAUUCGAGUGGUUCAACUGAGAUGGUCAUGGCGAAAGAGUCUCAAUGCUCUUGGUGUAAGUGUUAUUUCACCAAAGAGGAAAUUGAAAUUUUUUCUCCAUCUAGAAAGGAUGGCAUUGACUUGAGGUACGAGUCACACAUGCGGAAGCAAUAUUGCUCGUUUCUUCAAGAGAUUGGCAUCAAGCUUAAAGUGCCUCAGGUGACUAUUGCUACUGCAAUGAUGUUGUGCCACCGGUUUUAUAUGAGCCAAUCUCAUGCUAAGAAUGAUUGGCAGACGAUUGCAACUGUCUCUGCCUUUCUUGCUUGCAAAAUAAAAGAGACACCACGCUUCUUAAAUGAUGUUGUGGUCGUUAGCUAUGAGAUGAUUUACAAGUGGGAUCCUUCUGCGCCACGAAGAAUCAGACAAAAAGAAGUUUUCAAUAAGCAGAAGGAUUUGAUCUUAGUUGGGGAAAGAAUUCUAUUGUCAACCAUUGCUUUUGAUUUUAACAUUGAGCUUCCCUACGAGCCACUUGUUACUGCUUUAAAGAGAUUAAAUAUAUUCUCUGACCUUGCUAAGGUGGCAUGGAACUUUGUUAAUGAUUGGCUUGGCACGACACUGUGCUUGCAGUACAAAGCCCCCUAUAUUGCUGCUGCUUCAUUGUUUCUGGCUGCAAAAUUACGAAAGGUGAAACUACCAAUAGAAAAGGGAAGAGUUUGGUGGCAAGAGUUCGAUGUUUCACUGAAGCUAUUGGAAGAGGUCAUUCAAGAGAUGCACAAAUUGUUGGGGCAGGACAGAAAGGAACCUCUACCAUCCUCCAACAGGAACACGAGGCCAAUUCAAUCUAAAGCUUCACUUGAUAAACCGUUGGAAAGUAGCUCUCUAUCUUGUAUUACGAGCGAAUCAGUAACUGACUGCCAGUCAAACCAUGGAGAUGUAGUAGAGCAUGGAGGUUCUAAAGAAUACUCUGCUACUCAUUGCAGCCAGAAUGUGGUGGAAAGUGACAAGUACUCGAAGGCAAAAAAGAUAUCGCCCCACCAUACGAGCAAUAGUGUUAUUACAAGUAGUGCGGUUGAGGAAGGUAAUGGUGUGAUCCAGCCAACAGCAGUGGACACAAUUAAAAACGCAAGGUCCAAGGUUAGCAGUAUUCAAAAUAGCGGUGGUAAGCUUGAUGUAAUUCGCAUUAAGGAGAUGUUGAAGAAAAGGAAAUGCAAUGGAGUUCUAAAGAAGCCACUAGAAGCCAUAGAUGCAGAGAAAAACAGUGAAGACUUGAUAGAAAGCGAGCUGGAAAUUGUGAUAGAGCUUGGGAUUGCAUCGACAGAGAAGAAACAAAGGAAACUGCACUGAAGUUCUGAUCUGAAACCGAAGUUCCAUAAGCCGCUCAUUGGAACAAGCACCUUCCUGAAUGAGGUUUAUACAUAUUGUUUAUAGUAAUAUAUUUUUGAUGUUUUGCUCUUCAUUCUUUACAUAAUUGAAAUUUUACAUUCCACUAUCCCCGUCUUCCAUAGGUAGGUCGUACACAUUCCUCCUGUGUAUAUCAUGCAGGAAUAAGGUGUUUAGGCAAGGAGUUUUCUCAUUUGUAAUUAAACAGUGAUAUUUAUUCCCCCCAAAAAAGUAGAGUAUUGAGAUGGUUGUUUACUAAAAGGAAUUCGUGUUAUGAACCUUGAAGAACGAACUUGCUGAUAAAUCUCAUUUUACAAAUUCUUUGUAGUGGAAA